AUGGAUCAGCUCACCAUACCUGCUCACCUCGACACCGACGCUGAGCCCAAGGCGAAGCCCACACUCCUCUCCCUCCCUGAACACGUCCUCUACCAGAUCGCGACCUACGGCGAUGAGAAAUCGGUCUGGCGGGUGAUGGCGACUUGCCGGGCGUGGCGGGCGGCGGCGGAGAGGGCGCUGGACCCGCAUCUGGGGGAGCUGGAAGUAGUGGUACUCCCUAGGCUCUUUGAGGACAUCUAUACCCCACCGAGCGUGCCCGAAGAAGCUGAUGAAGAGCGAUGCCACGGUCUUCAGACCAGAUCAGAACACAUCAUCGCAUUCCACCGCGACUAUCCGCGAGCUCUCGAGCUCCUCCGUCGUUGCACCGUCGAGCUGUACUACGACACCAUCAAUGACCUCUACAUGCCCUCUGACUUCUGCGGAGCGGAUCUUGAACAGCUCACGGUCCACUAUCGCGACCGGGCCGUCUACUUCUACAAUUGCGGUAAUGAUCUCGCCCCCUGGUUCAGCCACAUCUUAUUCCCAAACCUCACGCACCUCACAAUUGCUGCUACAACGCGCACACACGCGUACUUCGACUCGUACGCCAACUCGGUCCCGGCUCUCCGGGAGCUUACGCUCGUCGCUCAUAAUCGGGACGGCCUCGAACCUUACUGGGGCGCAGAGGACGCGCUCCGGCCGAUCAAGCGUUUCGAACACCUCGAGCGGAUCACUCUCAGCGGGGACGACGUCAUGGUCCUAGCGAUGCUCUCCACCUUCGCCGCCAACUUCUCCACCCUCCUCUACGUCACCCUCUACACUCCCGACGCCUCCUCCGAGUCCAUCGGGGUCACUAUCACUCACUACCUAUCCCAGUGCCCUCGCCUCAAGGGUCUCGCGCUUAUCACACCCAACAGAGACAAUGUUCUGUCCACCCUUGCUUUUAUGCAUACCCAAGAUAUCGACGACGAUCACGUCGAUGUCAGUCAUGACGACUUGGAGAUGUUGGUUUUGGAGGGAAGUGACUUGAGCUGGCUUAGUAAGGACUCGGGAUUCUGGGUGGAAUUCCCCUGCCUCGAGCGCAUUACCUUCGUCGAUCCCGCCGCGGGCGCCUCUAUCCGGAAACAAGACGUUCUUCCCCUCUUCGAAUGCUACGAUACCCUCAAGCGGAUCGAGUGGACGGCUGAACGGCCGGUCGACCCCUUCGGACCCGUCGAGACGAAGGGAAGGGGGAAGGCUCACGAUCGGCCUUGA